AUGUCCGGAAUCGAGCCGGUAGCGGCCUUCAGCCUCACCUGCAACAUCCUGCAGGUUGUAUGCAUCGGGCGUGAAACAGUACGGGGCGCGCUCCAAGUCUACCACGAUGGGAAAAUUGACCACACGCUGACCGAGAACGCCGCCGUGCUUGAGAGUCUGUCGCGAGAGAUUAUGACACUGACGACGCCGGUGGUGAUCUCCUCCUCGGCAUUCAACUACCCGACAAGACAAGACAAACAGCUUUUUCAGCUGGCUGAAAGGUGUCAAGUCGCAGUACGGGACCUUGGCGAGGAGGUCGAUUUUCUCAGCGGAUCACAAAACAAGGCGAGAUCCGCGGCCAUGAUCACAAACGCGUUCAAAAAGAUGUGGAGAAGGUCGAGGCUGGAAAGGCUUGACCAAGAGUUGAGAGAGGCAGAGGGACUUCUGCAGGCAGGUUUGCUUACUACAAUCUAUGAGAGAUGCAAAAAGACAAACGGGGCCCUGCUUUCUCUACGUGCGGAUCUGCAAUCAUUUAUCAUCGAGUACUGCCAAAGGAACGCCCAAUUGGAAGGUCUUGUCAAGAAGCAUAUCACUGGCGAAAUUCCAAACAGCAUGCAGGACACCAAGGCUCAUGUCCCACAUACACCCACUACAGACGACGACUCUAUCAACCAUCAUAUCAGACAGGCCAGAAAAGAUGAGACACGGCGGCACGAAGAUGCUAGGCAAGAUGCCCAGAGGGCGGGUCUUCUCCAGAGUCUCGAGUAUGGCCGAAUGAACGAGCGAAGGAAUCAAAUCAGAGAAGCACACCCUAAGACUUUUCAAUGGGUGCUGAGCGACGGAAGUGAUGGGACUGACGAUCAGCGGGGUCAAAGAUCUGACGGUGGCUCAGAUGGAAACGACACUCAGUCCUGGGACAGGUUUUGCGACUGGCUAAGAUCAACAGAGAAGGUUUAUUGGAUCAAUGGCAAGCCCGGUUCAGGCAAAUCGACGCUUAUAAAACACCUUCUUAACGAGCUGCAAACACGCAAAAACCUCGAACUAUGGAAGACUGAUCCUGUCGUCGUCUCACACUUCUUUUGGAGGCCUGGUCCCGUAAUGCAACACAGCAUUAAAGGACUUUUGCUCUCACUGCUUCACCAGCUCGCGAGUAAAGACAAGGCAGCUGUGAACCAAAUCAUCAAAAUGGACGAAUUUCGGAUGCUCAACAAAGAGACGGAAACUGACUGGUCAGAAAACGAGCUAGCAAUUUGCCUCGGUAAUAUCAUGAGCUGCUAUUCGCGCCCAGUCGUCUUUUUCCUAGACGGCCUCGACGAGGUGCUACCCGACGACGGCGCUUUACGACUACUAGAGGUUAUUAACCGGCUAAGCAAUAUCGGUGACCACAAAAUGUGCCUUGGCUCACGUCCAGAACCUAUCUUCGUCAGAGAGCUUAGCAGUGUUCCACAAUUUCGGCUUGAAAACCUCAACAAGUCAGAUCUUCAGCGUUAUUGCGAAGACAACAUUACAAUUCCGCCCCAUUACAAGAUGGUAAUGCCAAAAGGUUUCGAGUUACCCAGGUAUCAGGGCCACUGUCCCGGCCAUUAUUUCACCAAAAGUAACCCACCAUCUCGAGAAGAUCUUCAUGCCUGGCUUGUAAUAUCACUCCUAGAAAAGGCCGACGGCGUUUUUCUUUGGGUACGUCUUACUGUUAACGCUGUCAACAAAGCUCUCUGCAAAGAAGAAACAGUUGAGGACUUGGCGCGCCGACUCGAUUCCCUUCCUGGGGAUAUGGAUGCUUCAUUCUGGGUGUGGAUAUUUCACUACAACAAAUUGAAUAAAUAA